AUGGUCAGCACAAGAUCCUCUUCAUCUCGCGCAGAUGACGCCAAGACGCCCAGUCCUACAGCCUCGUCGACGCAGCUGUCGCGUGGCGGUGCAUCAUCGUCCACCGCCCCCAAGAAUGGCAGCAGCAGCAGCAGCAGCAAGACGUGGCAUCACGUCCCCGACAACCUGACGCUCAUCUGGCUGGCCGUGUCUCUCCCACUCGUCACCUGGGAUACGCUGUACAUCUUUGGCCGUCCGGCCACCAUGCCGGGUGGCAGCCUGCACUGGCCGCUCUGGAGUCCCUACGCGCUCUACGGCGAGGUCGAUCAUGUGUACGGGUGGGAGGCCUUCAACUCCCAGGACGGCUUCACCGCCGCCCAGGGCUUCCUCAACAUCGUCGAGACGGCAAUGUACCUGUACUACCUCGUCAGCGUGUAUGGCCGCGGUGGGUGGAAGGUCGAGGGUGAGGCGGCGGCGAGGACCGUGCUGAUCGGGUUUGCGGCUGCGGUCAUGACCUUGUCCAAGACGGCGCUCUACUGGCUCCAGGAAUACUUUGGCAACUACUCCCACAUCGGACACAAUACUGCUGCUGAUAUCAUUCUUCUCUGGGUCAUUCCCAACGGUGCGUGGCUCAUCGGUCCUUCGUACAUGAUUCGGAGCUUUGCCCGUGAUGUCAUCCGGGGCAUCACUGCCCAGGACACCAAGGCUGAAUAG